AUGCAGUCACAGUAUCAGACGCCCUCCCUUCACAGCAGCCCCUCCUCUUCAAACGGCUCUACCACCCAUGGCAGCUUCAGACCCCGCGUCCUUACAGCUGAUCUCGCCUUCAAGAUCUAUCGGGAGAUCCCCGCCGACCUCGACCAAACGUCCAACUCCCGCAAGAGCACCGAAGUCGCCAUCAAGUACGGCACCAGCCCUAAGACAGUCCGUGACGUGUGGAGCCGCCGGACAUGGUCUGAGGCGACCAUGGCGCUGUGGACGGCAGAGGAGGUAGCAGAGAGGUUGAGGCGGAGGAAGCGAGGGCCGGGAAGACCGGUGGGGUCCAAGGAUGCUCGGCCGAGGAUGCGGAGAUGCUUCAAGAAGGAAACGACUGGUGCAAGGGUGGAACAGCUGAGGGAGGUGAGAACCGAGGUGAAGGCGGAGCAGCCGCCGGCCCCUCCUCCAUGCGCCAUGCUCGGAGGAUGGGAGGAAGGGGAGGCUUCAAGGACGUGCGGGGGAGAAGGUGGACACUGGGAACAGGAUGGAUACAUGAACGCGGAGCAGGAGAGAGGGCAAGGUGCGGAGGCAGGCUGCCUUGCGAUGUUGAAUUUGCCUACCUGGACUUAG